AUUAUCAAUGCAAAGUCGAACACUUUGAGAUUAGAUGCAGAUCAGCGUGCAGGGCUGGACGUGAGGAUGGGGCACUCUUUGCUCUGUUUGCUGGGGUUAUUCUUGCUCAGUACAGUCAUCCAUGGAAACACUGAAGAACUUGGAGUGAAGGCCACUCUGACAGCAGACAGAUUAACCAUACCAGCAGGGGGCAGUGUGACACUGACCUGUGAUGUGAAGAACUCUGCUGACUUUGAAUAUGGCUGGUUCAGAGAACCCAGUUUACACUCUAAUCAGAAGAUCGUAGUAGCUGGUGAAUCAAAGAGAGAACUUGUGACCUCUAAAGCCGGCAUCUACAGCUGCAGAGGACGUAUAAAAGGGACAAAUUCAGGCCCAGAAGAAAGUGACUCAGUCAUCAUUCAGGAAACUGGACAUGGAGUGAAGGUCACUGUAACAGCAGACAGCACAACCAUACCAGCAGGGGGCAGUGUGACACUGACCUGUGAUGUGAAACACUCUGCUGACUUAAAAUAUGAGUGGGUCAGAGAAACCUCAUCUGCAGUGAAGUCCACAGAAGCUGUUGGAUCAGAUAAAGUGAUCAGGAUCUCUAAAGGAGGAAAAUACCAAUGCAGAGGAUGGAGAACAGACACAACUUCACUCAUAGCACAAAGUGAUCCAGUCACCAUUCAGGAAACUGGUGAGUUUAAACAUUUAAUCUGA